AUGCUACAAGCGCAGAGCCAGCACGUCUUCUCCCACCAGCACCAGUAUCCUCAGGCUGAUCCUACGUGGCUGCAGCACCAGCAGCAGCAACAGCAACAGCAGCAACAGCAGCAUCACCAGGCACAGCAACAUCCUCAACAUCAGCACCAGCAGCAGCACGCCUCGCUGGUCGCCCAACAGCACGCCCAGGUCCAAGCCGCUGCCGCCGCCGCGCAACAACAGCAACACUAUGGCCGUCUUGCAAUGAAUGGCAACGGCGCCUCGAACUCUGUGCAAAGCGCCGGCGCUGUUGGCAAUAUAGGCGGUGAAGGUCUUGCAAAUGCGGUCUCGGUCAUGGAUGGCGGUGUCAGCGAGGAGAAUCGAAAAGUUUUCAUUUGGGUCGCAGAGCUGCUGGACCCUGCUCGUCGCGAGUCUGCUUUGAUGGAGCUCAGUAAGAAGCGAGAGCAAGUGCCUGAAUUGGCCCUUGUCAUUUGGCACUCUUUUGGCGUUAUGACUGCUCUUCUCCAGGAGAUCAUCUCUGUUUACCCUCUUUUGAACCCAUCACAAUUGACAGCGGCGGCUUCGAAUCGAGUUUGCAAUGCGCUUGCGCUUUUGCAAUGUGUCGCAUCCCAUAACGAGACCAGAACUCUUUUUCUGAAUGCGCAUAUCCCUCUUUUCCUCUAUCCUUUCUUGAACACCACUUCGAAAUCGCGGCCAUUUGAAUACCUCCGCCUCACGUCCUUAGGCGUGAUUGGUGCGCUGGUGAAGAAUGAUUCAUCAGACGUGAUCAACUUCCUCCUCACCACUGAGAUAAUCCCACUGUGUCUUCGAAUUAUGGAGACUGGCUCUGAGCUGAGCAAGACGGUUGCUAUCUUUAUUGUGCAGAAAAUUCUUCUAGAUGAUAUUGGUCUGGCCUACAUUUGUGCCACCUAUGAGCGAUUCUAUGCCGUGGGAACUGUUCUCAGCAACAUGGUCACUCAAUUGGUCGAGCAGCAGACAGUUCGGCUUCUCAAGCAUGUCGUUCGCUGCUUCCUCCGUCUCAGUGAUAACAGUCGAGCUCGCGAGGCCCUAAGGCAAUGUCUGCCUGAGCCCCUCCGAGACUCCACCUUCUCCUCCGUCCUUCGUGACGAUGCAGCCACCAAGCGCUGUCUUGCCCAGCUCCUGAUCAACCUGUCCGACAACUCUUCCGAUGGAGCCUCGGCAGCUAUGUAA